AUGAAGAAUUGUGAUGAUGAUGAACUUUAGGUACUUCAAGACAACUUGCUGAAGGAGACGGCAGACACCCUGAGCGACCCACAGAGUGUUCCAGAGGAGGAGAGGGAGGCCAAGUUUCUCCGGCUGCUGACCAGCUCUCUACUGGGGGUGAAGAGACUGCUGUCCUCCCUGCCCCAGACAGACAGACACGACCUGCAGGACAGACUGACACACCUCCUCAACCAGGCCAAGUUCUGGAAGUACGGCAGACACAAGACCCCACAGGUGCGUGGUGCGUUCUUCGAGGUGGUCUCUUCCAUGUGUGAACACACUCCAGGUCUGAUGCAGACUGAGGCAGCCAGAGUAUGCCCUGCUGUUCUGCUGUCUAUAGAUGACACUGACCCUGUGGUGCUGCCUCCUCUCUGGGAAGCUGUACUGCACACGCUCUCCACCUUAACAGACUGUUGGAGUCAUGUCAACGCCAGGAAGGCUGUUCUGCCUAAACUGUGGUCCCUGUUAAAGGAUGGGGGUAAAGGUUUGGCUACAGCGCUCCACCCUAACCUGCUGCCCCUCAUCAGUAAACUACCCGCUGAGGUCACUACACCUAACAUAGACUUCUACACAACCUUCUACAGCUGUCUCAUACAAGGCUUGUCCAGUGAGCGGGCUGUGUCCAGUCCGUCAGAGAGUGCAGCGAUAGUGGAGUCACUAGUAGAGUGUGUGAGAUACACUCUGUUACAGAACACUGGGGAAGAGGAGGAACACACAUGUAUACGCACCAUGCUAAUAGAACAACAGGUAAGAACACACACCAUGCUAAUAGAACAACAGGUAAGAACACACACCAUGCUAAUAGAACAACAGGUAAGAACACGCACCAUGCUAAUAGAACUACAGGUAAGAACACACACCAUGCUAAUAGAACAACAGGUAAGAACACACACCAUGCUAAUAGAACAACAGGUAAGAACACGCACCAUGCUAAUAGAACUACAGGUAAGAACACACACCAUGCUAAUAGAACAACAGGUAAGAACACACACCAUGCUAAUAGAACAACAGGUAAGAACACACACCAUGCUAAUAGAACAACAGGUAAGAACACACACCAUGCUAAUAGAACAACAGGUAAGAACACACACCAUGCUAAUAGAACAACAGGUAAGAACACACACCAUGCUAAUAGAACUACAGGUAAGAACACACACCAUGCUCAGAGAACUACAGGUAAGAACAAGCACCAUGCUAAUAGAACUACAGGUAAGAACACACACCAUGCUAAUAGAACUACAGGUAAGAACACGCACCAUGCUAAUAGAACUACAGGUAAGAACACGCACCAUGCUAAUAGAACUACAGGUAAGAACACGCACCAUGCUAAUAGAACAACAGGUAAGAACACACACCAUGCUCAGAGAACUACAGGUAAGAACACGCACCAUGCUAAUAGAACAACAGGUAAGAACACGCACCAUGCUAAUAGAACAACAGGUAAGAACACGCACCAUGCUAAUAGAACAACAGGUAAGAACACACACCAUGCUAAUAGAACAACAGGUAAGAACACACACCAUGCUAAUAGAACUACAGGGAAGAACACGCACCAUGCUAAUAGAACUACAGGGAAAAACACGCACCAUGCUAAUAGAACUACAGGGAAAAACACGCACCAUGCUAAUAGAACUACAGGGAAAAACACGCACCAUGCUAAUAGAACUACAGGUAAGAACACGCACCAUGCUAAUAGAACUACAGGUAACACUUCACACAUACAGAAUUAUAAUUUAUCUUUUCUCUCUGUCCAUAGCUCCUCCCCCUCAUCGACAGUGCCCUGGGAAGCCCCUCCCUCCAGGCCGGUCCCCUUUUCCCAUUGGUUACGGACAGCUUGUCUCCUGGGAGAAGAGGGCUGGACUUCAGGAUGUGGGUGGGCUUAGCGAGGGAGAGAACGAGGUUGUCUUUGAUAGGCUGCUGGCUGACUUCUGGGAGGGGCUUAGGGUGAUGUUCGCCCGUCGUGUACAAAGUGACAAUCUGGAGCCGAAAGAGCUAGAAGGAAUGUCCUCGCUGCUAAAGGUGAUGCGGAGCCCAGAGAGUGCAGGCAGGAAACAGACCAAGAAGAAGAAGAGAUCAGUGAAGAUCUGUUUCUCUGAGCCAGAGGGUUCUGGUUCUCCAGAGAAAGAGGGGGAGGUGGCGCUGAAGUAUGCCCAGCUGGAGGCCCCCGAGCUGGGCCAGGAUACGGCCGAGGGCCCCCUGAAGAGCUGGCACCUGGAGGAGAUUGUCUGUCAGCAGGCACAGAUCAGUUAUUCCCAUGUGAAUGAGAAGAACUCCGAGAGACAUCUGAUGUACCUCUCUCUCCUCCUUCGCUCCUUCCACACCCCCAGGGUCUUCACCAUGAUGCUCAUCACAUCAGAAGAGGAGAAAUUAAAAGCAAAGGAUGGACAGAAGGAGGCAGAUGGAGGUGGUGGAGGUGGAGGAGGUGGGGUGCCCCCCCCCAGUAACCCUGCUGUGCGGUUCCUCCUGGAGCAUGUGGUGUUGUGGCUGGGGCAGGAGGACAGGAGAGAGACCAGAUACCUGGUAGAGAUGGUGUUCAGUUCUCUACGCUGCUGCAGUCCACAGGAGACCACACGCAUCCUCAACCAUAUCACCGUGAUGGAUCUAAAAUGGGAAGUCCUUCUCCAGAUCAUACAAAAGGCGUGUGCGGACCCUGCAUCUCUGCAGGUGUGUGGUGAUUGGUUUAAGGGCUCGGUGCUUGGUGAGCGACUACUGGGGUUGGCUGAGGAGCUGUGUGAGGCGGGACUAAAAGGCUCCGGCUCCACCCCUAAUAGGGACAGCUGGGCUCUGAUCAGCCUAGCGCUGUCUCAGCAUCACAAUAAUGAGCCCCUGAUAGGAGCUGUGUUCGUGGAGAAGAUGAUCGCCAAACUCCAUGCCACGCUGUCAGCGGCUAAAGAUCUGUCUGAGAGGGGUAAUCUGGAGCCGCUGGUGUGUUUCAUCUGUGAUGUGGCCUCCACCUUCUUCACCUCCGUAACACACUGCCUCCUACUGGCCUCCGCGGAGGAGCUGCUGCUCACGGUCUUCACACUCACCGCACAGGACCAGACACUCACACACCUGUCAGACUCCCUGCUGAAGAAGCUGAGUCAGGCGUGUCAUGCCGGUGUCCUCUCAUUGGUCCAUCACUCGGGGUCAGAGGUCAAGGAGGGCAGCUUCCUGUACAGCGCUGCAUUCUGGGUCAAAACCCAGCUGCUCACCUCCUCCCUGGGAGUCAAAAGUCUGCAGGUGUUGGUUCUAGCGGUCCAGCGGCUAGCUGACACACUGAGAUCUGUUGGUCAGCAAGGCUCCACCCUCCUCUCCCAGUUCCUCUCCUUCCUGACUCCCAGCCAAUCAGAGUGGAGCAAGAUCAGACAGGCCCUGCCCCCUCAGACCACUAUUAUGGGUGAAGUCCCCCUGCUGUCUGGACGUCUGAGGGUGUUCUGUGACUACCCCAGUAUGGAGGUCUGGAAGCUCAGAGGCUCUAGCAGACUGCCUGCCCACCUGGGUGUGUGUGCCCUGCUGGCCAGAGUGGUGUGUAGCACAGAUAUGGCUUCUACUGCUGCUACUGCUAGUGCCACGGCAGCAGUGUGUUCAGAUGACCAGGAGGGGGCAGGAGACUGCAUGAAAGACUUCAAACACACAGUUUGUGAGCUGCUGUAUGCGGUGCAGUGGUGCAGGGAGAUGGACUAUAGUCCUGCUUUAGUAGCAGAGUACCACACUAUGUUGAAGGACUGGGGUCUAACAGACAGAACAGACAACCAAGGACCAGCCACAGAUAUACUGGACACACUCUACACCAGAUCACUACAGGAGGGGGGACUGUGGUCUCUGACUCUGCAGAGUUACAUACACAUCAACCACGUGGCUGAAACGGCUGGCACCAUCAACACGCUCUGUGGCAGCCCAGACAGUCUGUUCCCCCUGUCAGAGAGCAGGCUCAGUACUCUACAGGUGCUGUGUCCCUAUCUGACCACAGAGGAGAGGGAACGUCUCAUUGCCCUGGCUGCCGCUGGCAUACUCAACUGGCAAGAGGACCACCGUGUGUGUGGGUGUGUGGCGGUGCUGCUGUGCUGUCUCAAGGCCUCUACACCAGUGCAGGAGGAAGUGCUACUAGCUGUACUGGUCACCAUGAUGGAAUGGAGGAACAGCAAAGAAGACUGGUUCCUGUUCAGCAGUGAUCUGUCCAAGACGACCGCGGCCCAGCUGUCUCUCACCGUGGAGAUGAUACGUUUCCUGUCACGGCUGGUGACUCAUUCUCCCACAAUCCUCGGGGGUAGCCAGUGGGACUUCCUGCUCUGCUCCAUGCUUGCCUGGCUAGAGACUUCCAGUGAUAACGUGGGGUGUCUGUGGAACCCCUGGGUGCAGUUGUUAGUGUGUGAGAUCUGUGAGCUGGUCGUGCAGCUGAACCAGUUCUUCACAGCGCCCCUGCCUGGUGUGGCUGACCUACUGCCCUCAGAGCUGACCGCAGAGUGGAACGACUUCUUCAUAGAGGGGAUAUACAGCCUGAUGCUGCCCCUACCUGGAAAAAUCACUGAGGCCUUCACGGAGCCAGACGAUCCACUGUUCCCAUUGGCUGUCCUGCGGUCUGUGGGCGUGGCUCUGACCUACGUCCCGCUGCAGCAGCUUACCCAUAAUUCCUUGCCAGCGCGGUUCGUGGCAGACCAGAAGACAAGCCUACCUGAGGCGCUGCAGACCCUGCUCAACACACUCACUCCGUUGCUGCUUUUCAAAGCCAGACCGCUGCAACUCACUGUCUACCACAUACUAGACAAGGUAAUGCCGACUCUCCCAGAGUGUGAUGAAGAAGUAGACGACACCAAGCCAGACGAAGAUGGCGAGGAACCGUGUCUGUCUCCCCCGGCUGCUCUGAUGACCCUCCUCUCCACGUGUGAGGAGUUGUGUGAGAGCAUCAUGGUCGGAGUGUGUGUAGGCGAGUAUGCAGUGGUUCAGCCUCUGUCUGUGGAGUACUGCUGUAUACUGGCUUACCUGCUGGCCUGGAAACUACUGCUGUCCUUCUUCAAGGCUUCUCCCUCUCACCUGCGUGUCCAGUACUCUCUCUACCUAAAGAAGUCCCUCCACAAGCUCCUCCUCCACCUGUUCAGACUGAUGCCUGAAAACCCCACCUACACCGGCCAGGGGGCGGAGCCUGUCACCAAGGAGACAAAGACAUUCUUCACAGAGAGCCUCUCUCUGGACGUCAACAAGUCUUCUGGUAUCCAGUAUGAGCUCCCCCACCUGGCGUGUUGUGUGUACUACAGUGCAGUACAGGACCUGCCUGCCAUGGUUAGGUUGUGGUGGACCAGUCAGGAGAAGAGAGUUAGCCACACGGUGGAUAAGUUCACAGGACGAUACGUCUCGCCUGUCCUCUCUGCUCAGGAGAUCUCCUCUGUACACGCCAGCACACAGACCUUCGACAGCAUGACCGUGAAAGCCCGUUCGGCAGCGCGGGAGGUGAUAGCUACCUACUCUGUGGAUGAUAUCUUCAUAGAGCUGGUGAUCCAGCUGCCUCAGAACUAUCCUCUAGGCUCUAUCACAGUAGAGAGUGGAAGGAGGGUGGGGGUGGCUGUACAACAGUGGAGGAACUGGAUGUUACAGCUCAGUACAUACCUCACUCACCAGAACGGCAGUAUAAUGGAGGGCCUGACGCUGUGGAAGACCAACGUGGAUAAGCGGUUUGAAGGAGUAGAGGACUGUAUGAUCUGUUUCUCUGUUAUCCAUGGAUCCAACUACUCUCUGCCCAAGAAGGCCUGCCGCACCUGCAAGAAGAAGUUCCACUCUGCCUGUCUGUACAAGUGGUUUACUUCUAGCAACAAGUCCACCUGCCCCCUGUGUAGAGAGACCUUCUUCUAGCAAUAAGUCCACCUGCCCCCUGUGUAGAGAGACCUUCUUCUAGCAACAAGUCCACCUGCCCCCUGUGUAGAGAGACCUUCUUCUAGCAACAAGUCCACCUGCCCCCUGUGUAGAGAGACCUUCUUCUAGCAACAAGUCCACCUGCCCCCUGUGUAGAGACCUUCUUCUAGCAACAAGUCCACCUGCCCCCUGUGUAGAGACCUUCUUCUAGCAACAAGUCCACCUGCCCCCUGUGGAGAGAGACCACCUUCUAGCAACAAGUCCACCUGCCCCCUGUGUAGAGAGACCUUCUUCUAGCAACAAGUCCACCUGCCCCCUGUGUAGAGAAGACCACCUUCUAGCAACAAGUCCACCUGCCCCCUGUGUAGAGAGACCCUAACCGAAACUACGUUGCUAUGGAUGCAGGGAGACAGUUUGGUUGUAUAUUUGGACGCAUCUCUCACCACAACCUUUUAGAUCAGUGCUUCUCAACUGUUUUUUUUUCCUCGGGACCCAAAUUGAAGCAGGUUCUCUGUCGCGAUCCAAUAUUCACAUUGUGAUUUUUUUUUUUUUGUUGCCAAAAUGCAAUUUGGAAAACUCUUUUUAAUACUAUUUUGACAGUAAAUGUAGCAAUUAUAUUAGACAAGGGAACAACAUUCCCACCUUUUUCAUUUGUCAUUAAUUCCAUAUUGCUCAUAAUCUUGAUGAAGAAUGUUGGCAAGCUCACUUGUUUGAGACCACACAAUCUGCUAAUUAGCGCUGCUAAUCACUCUAUAUUGAAAAUACUGUGAUUGAAAGAAAAGUCAUUUUCGGGAAUAAGGGAUUUAAAUGUUGGUUAAUGAUAAUAUUUUCCACACGUUCUACCUGGUAUUAGUCCCAAUAAUUAUUUACUUUUCUUUUCACUGACACCUGCGACCCACUCAAAACCUUUUGGGUUGCGACCCACCAGUUGAGAACCACUGCUUUAGAUGCUGUUUUCACACCGGUUGUAACUCGGGAUAAGAGUUCACUAGUAAAGAUAUAUUUUAGAUGUCCAUAAUGUUCACGUCCAGUAGCUUUAAUGAGUUCCAAAGAGCCAGGAUUGGUCAGCGCUGGUGGUGACAUCAGAGCAGGAGGACACUUGCACAGAUGAGUUGAGUUCCUGCCCGACCUAGAUUGCUGACGCGUGCCAGAUCUCACGUCGGCAGGAUAUGCGUUUAACAUAUCAGCUGACCACAUCAUAUGUUAUAGCAAUCUGAAAUGGGGGACUGCACAGUCGAUUUGAUGUGGCGCGCAACCAUUGGUUGAUGCAAAUGCAACGCCUGCGCUUCUAGUCGGGCGGGGAACCCGAGCAGAACGUUGAGGAGUCUGAAUGAUGCAAUCAACUCACUUCUUAAUUUGGUGUGAUUGACAGAGAGCAGUGACUUAAUAUACAGACUGAUUAACACACAGUUGAUUAUUUUAGAAAAAUAAUUUUAUAAAUCAAGUACUUCAAUCUCUCUACUAAUGAUGACCAAGACAGUAUUACUUGAUUUGUAUUUUAACACACAGUAUAACACAAGAGGGAGAACUGUAGCCUGAUACCAGAUCCUGUUUGUGCUCUUGCCAACUCCAUUGCUCAUUGUCAAGCCAAACAUGACAGAGUGACAAGGAGUUGGCAUGACAGCACAGACUGGCACUCGGGAUAGUGGAUCAGGUCUUUAUUCUAGCCUGUUGAUGUGGUUCAGAGUGAAUGUCUCCCAUCCCUCGGUCUGUCUGGUGUAAUCAGACCGUUCUUAUGGUGUUGAAAUGAUGAAUCAUAAAUCCACUAAGGACAGUCAA